GAGCAAGAGCGUAAUUCGCGCCCCUAUUCAACGAACAGCGCUCCAAUGAAAUGACGACGGAGGAUGCGGCGCCUCCACCACAACCACCACAAGAAUAUUUGGAUUUACCUUUUACGGACAGAAAAGCGCUUCGCUCUUCACUAAUCAACAAACAUGGUCGACAAAAAUCUCCUGGCAGGAAAACGGUUUCGUUUUCAUCAAAGAACACUGACAAGAAGAUUUCGAACGUAAGCGAUUGCUGGCAUUAUAUGCAAAAUGGCAGUGAAUUCAUCAAACUUCGCGGAUCGAGCAGGCACUUUCGACGGUUUUUCAGCCUCGAUGCAGAUCUUUCGCAUAUUCGAUGGACUCCGACAAACAAAAAACCACACAAAGCAAGAAUAGCCAUUGAAGACAUUCGAGAAGUUCGACUAGGAAGAACAAUAGAACAACUUCGUCUUAGCGAAUCAAGCUUUGGUGAUUUGCAGAAUGAAUCCCUCUUUUCGCUCAUUUAUGGAGAUGACUACGAUUCCCUGGAUUUGGUAGCUAGUUCUCCAGAAGAUGCCAAUAUUUGGGUGACGGGUUUGAUGGCGUUGACGUCAACUAAAUUUUGUAAACCGGCGACCACAGCUUGGGCUACUAUCAGGGAGCGAUGGCUGGGUAAUCUCUUUGACGAGGAGGAUCCAGAUAGCAAAGGUUUUAUUGAUGAAAACUCUGCUGUUCAUCUGAUCCGCCAUAUAAAUCCCACUUUGGCGUUAUCCAAAGUCAAAAAUAAAGUCAAGGAAACUGUUUACUCCCUAGAUGCCGCAGAACGUGGGAAAAUUUCCAAAGCUGGUUUUGUUGAGUUGUACAAGGAAAUCGCUACUAGACCGGAAAUUUAUUUCCUCAUGGUACGAUACGCAAACAAAGACUACUUGAGUUGUCAAGAUCUUCGACUUUUUCUUGAGACUGAACAAGGGAUGGUCGGGGUAACAACAGAGUUUUGUGAAAACGUUGUGGAGCAAUACGAGCCAGCUCCAGAGGCUAAGGAGAACAAUUUUAUGACAAUUGAUGGAUUCACCUCAUUCCUUUUGUCCAAGGAUUGCUCAAUAUUUGAUCCCUCUCAUACGCGAGUUUGGAUGGACAUGAAGCAGCCUUUCUCCAAAUAUUUCAUUGCUUCAUCGCACAAGACCUAUCUGAUCGAGGAUCAGCAAGGACAAGCUGGUUGUGAUGGACUAGCAAACGUUUUGAAGAAGAGCUGCCGAAUGAUAGAGCUUGACCUCUGGGACCCUGUGGAUAGCAAAGGAGAAACCGAGCCUAUGGUUCAAAAUGGCCUCCUUGCUCUGAGUAAAGUCCCGCUAAGUGAAGCUCUGAAAACUAUUCGGCAGCAUGCUUUCGAGCGAUCAAGAUUCCCUCUCAUUCUUCGUCUUUCUGUUCAUUGCUCAUUGGACUGGCAAAAAAUUGCCGCUAAGCUCAUCGUUACUCACCUUGGCACCAAACUCUACAUGCCAUCAGCUGAUCCAACUGAUUGGAAUAAUGAGCGUGCCAUACCGACACCUUCCGAUUUUCAGCAAAGAAUACUUUUGAUGGGUAAAAGAAUUUGCUGUGAGUCGGACAGCGGUGAAGUUUCUGAAGACGAUGGAGGUAUUGCGAAUCUCUCAAAGAGAAAAGCACAACGGAUACGACUCUGUCGAGAGCUUUCCGACCUUAUACCGCAAUUUCUUCAACUCAAAACUGUCCAUGAUCUUAUGGCAACUGCUCCGAAUUCCCACACAAUGAAUCCCCGACGGCACAUCGCUUAUCUCAAUGAAACAACAGCUCUAAGGCUCACUCACACCUAUGCCCCAGAAUUUGCGCAGACUUCAAGGGAUUACGUAGUUUGCGUUUCACCAAAUAUGACACGAACGGACUCGUCGAAUAUAAAUCCACAGGAAUUCUGGAACCAUGGAAUUCAAAUGGUUAAGAUCAAUUAUCAAACGCCAGGUCUAAUGAUGGAUUUGCAAGAAGGACGUUUUUCCGAAAACGGAGGCUGUGGGUAUGUUCUAAAGCCCUCAGUGAUGAAUGAGGAUCUAUUUGUGGCUGGUGAUAAAUUACCGAAUACUCCUCAGAUUCUACAUCUACGAGUUCUUUCUGCUCAAAAACUUCCACGACCUAGAGGAUCAAAUGCUAAGGGAGACUCUUGCGAUCCGUUCGUCGUGGUCGAAGUGUUUGGGAUCCCCGGAGAUUGUGCCGAAGAGCGAACCAAGACUGUUAGGAAUGAUGGCCAUAAUCCUUCGUUCGACGAGUCUUUUCAAUUUCAAGUCUCAAUACCAGAGCUGGCUUUGGUACGAUUUCUCGUUCUCGAUGACGAGUUUAUAGGUGAUGAUUUUAUUGGACAGUACACUAUACCGUUCGAAUGUAUGCAACCAGGAUUUCGGCAUGUCCCAUUGCUAAAUAACGAGGGCGAGGUUCUUCCGAAUGCUACUUUAUUUGUCCAUGUCGCUAUUACCAACAAACGUGGUGGAGGGAAAGCUAAGAAAAGGGGUAUGUCAGUGAAACGGAAGUCCAGUCGUGUGAAUACUGGCAUGAAGCUCGUCGGUAUCAAGACCGUUGAUGACCAAUUUAAAACUGCUGUGGCCCCGUUAUGCGAGUCCAUAGCAAUGCGAAAUAAGCUUGAAGCUGCUCUGAUAGACUGGCAAGAUGAAUGUGGUCUAGGACCUGCGGGAACGAUUAGGCAGGGAAUUCGUCUGAUUCACUCCAGAAUGAUGACGCUAACAGUCAAUUCAACUCCUCCUUCAUCACCGUCAGCAGGCUCAGAAACUAGCCGAAGCCAAGAAAUCAUGCCAUCCUUUAUGAUUGAGAGCGAUGAUAAGAAUUUCCCCGUCAUCAUCGUGAAUGGCCAAAUACCCGAUAAACUUCAGCGCACUUUUCAAAAACUCAAAGUGCUUAUCGCACAUUGUGUUGCUACAUUGGGACAUGCUGAUAGUCUUCUAACCAAGAUAGAGGAGUCAAUCAAGCACAUUUCGGAGAGUCAUGACGAAUUGGCACAUCUCUGCCUGGAAAGUGGCCUGAAAGGGCAAAAAGCGACGAGAGCAGCCGAGAAUUUCACAUGGAAUCUGAGGCUGCUCAAAGCUCAACUCAAUUUGGUAGCGAAAAGCCAAGAUGAAGCUCAAGAUAUUAUCACACAGGUUUUCGACGUCGGUGGUGUGCUUGGCAUUUUAUCACCGAAACUUACACAUCGUAGUGGACGUCGUUUUUCUCGAGUGAUUCAUGAUCCUAUUAAGGACACCUCACUAUAGCGCAAUAUACUACUUUGGCACUUCCACACGAGCACUCCCAAGGGUAGACAAAGAUCUCCACGUUUUUACACAUUUACAUUCCCAGCCACAAAGUCUUAUGAACGCCGC